AUGGCUUCAGAGGACUGGUUCAGCAGAUUUAUGAAACGACAUCCACAGCUCUCGUUACGGUGCGCACAACCAACUAGUUUAUCUCGUGCGACCAGUUUUAACGAAGCCAAUGUUAAUUGUUUUUUUAAUAAUCUGGAAAAAGUUAUGGACAAAUACAAAUUCGAAGACAUAUACAACGUGGAUGAGACGGGCAUCACCACAGUCCAAAAACCAAAUAGAAUUGUGACUAAAAAGGGAACACGACAAGUGGGAGCAUUGACGUCCGCCGAGCGUGGAACAUUGGUCACGUUAACCUGCGCGGUAAAUGCUGUUGGAAAUUUUGUACCCCCAAUGUUUAUAUUUCCCAGGAUUCGGUACCAGGAACAUUUUAUUCGGGAUGGGCCAAUUGGAAGCACUGGCACCGGAAACGCAAGUGGUUGGAUGCAAGAUACUGAAUUUCUAAAAUAUUUACAACAUUUCCAAAAAUAUGCAUCUGCAACUAUCGAUCACAGAGUUCUCCUACUUCUAGACAAUCAUGCGUCUCAUAUUUCUAUUCAAGCCCUGGACUACUGCUCUGAGAACGGUAUAGUGGUAUUGGCUUUCCCGCCUCAUUGUUCACACAAGUUACAACCGCUAGACCGUUCUGUGUAUGGGCCUUUAAAGAAGGCAAUUAAUUGUGGCUGCGAUGCAUGGAUGCGAAGUAACCCAGGGAAAACAAUGACGAUAUAUAAUAUCCCAUCCAUAGUAACUACAGCCUUUCCGAUGGCGCUGACAUCAAGUAACAUUCAGGCAGGCUUCAGGUGUACGCGAAUAUUUCCCUUUAAUAGACAUAUAUUUACCGCCAUAGACUAUGCACCCUCUUACGUGACAGAUCGGCCUGCAGCAGCAGCUGAGCUAAGAAAAGAUCAAGUUCAUAAGGCAAAUCCAGAAAAUGUAGAAAAUUACCCUACAACACCUGGCGAAGUGAGAAAUAAACACGACGAAACUCCGCCACUAAUACCAGUUUCAGAUGAACCUGUAGCGUCAACUUCAGUCAUUGAAUAUACUACAAAAAUCUUCUAA